GUGCCCUUCCGGAGGCUGUUCCAUGAUCCUCCCUCCGGAAGGGUGUCAUUUGAGAAGCCGCCAUCUUGGUAGGCGAGUUGUACACGUUUUCGGCGGAAAAAUCACUUCGAUCUCGCUUUGUGAAUACAAUAUUUGCUCAAUAUCGACAGGUUAUGGUGCUGUGAGAGUGGAGAAGGGAGAGAGAGAGGUUUCAGCUAGACUGGUACUAGUUUGAUCACUAUUGUUCUUCAGACAAAGACACCGGGCCUCCUCGGUUAUUGUGUUGAAGGCAGGUGGCUCGGAAUUAAUCAGCCAAGAUGCCGGUGCGUCGAUCGCUCAAGAACGUGGUCCACAACUACACGGAGCCGCAGGUCAAGGUGCGCGAGGCGACCUCGAACGACCCCUGGGGGCCCUCGAGCUCGCUCAUGACCGAGAUCGCGGACUUGACCUACCACGUGGUGGCGUUCUCGGAGAUCAUGAGCAUGAUCUGGAAGCGGUUGAACGACCACGGGAAGAACUGGCGCCACGUGUACAAGUCUCUGGUCCUGCUGGACUACAUCAUCAAGACGGGUUCGGAGCGGGUCGCCCAGCAGUGCAAAGAGAACAUCUUCGCCAUACAGACCCUUAAAGACUUCCAGUUCAUCGACAGGGACGGGAAGGAUCAGGGAGUGAACGUGCGCGAGAAGUCGAAGCAGCUGGUCGCGCUGCUGAAAGACGAUGACAGGCUGAAGCAGGAGCGCCAGCGGGCGCUGAAGGCGAAGGAGAGAUUCGCGCAGGCGAACACGGGUAUCGGCAGCAGCUCGCCGCAGCUCUUCAGCGAAUCACAGGAGGGGAAAGGGGCGUCAAGUUCUCCGUACAGAGCUGACGACACUAACUUUGGGGAUGUUGGUCCAGCCUCUGAAGCCACUGCAGGCACGCCGCCCGGAAUCUCGUCUGACAUCGAGCAGGCGCGGCCGCAGACUCACGGCGAGGAGGAGCUGCAGCUUCAGCUGGCCUUGGCCAUGAGUAAAGAAGAGGCCGACCAGGUCAGUAAAGAGAUGGCCCAGGUCAAGUCUCAGCCCGGCGCAGCGCAGGGCCCCCCUGGCCCGCCGGCGCCGGCCCCCGCCGCCGCCCCGCAACCGCCUGCAGAGGACGACGACAUUCAGCUGCGCUAUGUUCUUGCCAUGAGCAAAGGGGAGGCAGAGAAGGAGGAGCGGAUGAGGCGCGGAGAUGACGUCAGGCUGCAGAUGGCGCUGGAGGAGAGCCAGAAAGAAAACUCCAAGGAAGAGUUGAACCAGUCUUCCCUGUUGGACCUUGCGGACACGACGCCACCCGGACACGCAGCCGACCCUUGGGGCGGCCCCGCCCCAGCCAACAACUCCGCCCCCCAGCCCAUCCGACAAACCGACCCGUGGGGCGGCGGCGCCACCAUUUCCGCUCCCGCCUCCGCUACCAACAUGGCGGCCGUCGCGCAAGCCGAUCCGUGGGGGUCAAGCUCACCCCCCGCCCAGCCGAAGUCAGCCCCACCCCCCAUCCAACAGGCCGACCCCUGGGGUGGGGGUUCGACGAGCCAGCCGUCGUCGCAGUCCCAGUCCCCCUGGGGGUCCCCGGCCAUCAGCAGCAGUGCUCCUGUGAGCAGCACCUCCUUCGACGCAUUCGGAAACAGCAGUCAGACGGCGAGCAACGAUCUAGACGGCUUCGAUCUCCUCGGUUCACGGUCCACGGGAGGCAGUGGAGACCUACUCGGGGGCGGCGUUUCCUUGCAGAACAACGUUGGCCCGUUUAACAUGAUGGGGCUCGACCAGGGUUUACCCAUGCAGCCGGGCGGCAAGCAGAAGACGCCGGAGACCUUCCUUGGCGAGAACUCGUCCCUGGUGAACCUGGACAACCUGAUCAGCCAGCCCGCCGCCCCGCCACCCGUGCUACCGCCGCCGGCGCAACCAGCCGUCACAAACCCCUUCCUCGGGAUCGCGCCGCCCUCACAACCGCUCUCGCAACCGCCCCCGGCAGCCAAGCCGGUCAGCAACCCAUUCCAGGCUCAGAUGGUCAGACCGCCCACUAUAAACCAGAUGCGCUCGCCGCCCGGACCGCCCGUGCAACCGGGACUGGUUGGACUGGGCGGCGCGGACGGCCUCCCACAACCGCUCCUCCCCAUGGGAACCACAGCACAACCGGCGCAGCCCACCAACCCCUUCUUACAUGAUGGGGCUGGACCAGGGUUUACCCAUGCAGCCGGGCGGCAAGCAGAAGACGCCGGAGACCUUCCUUGGCGAGAACUCGUCCCUGGUGAACCUGGACAACCUGAUCAGCCAGCCCGCCGCCCCGCCACCCGUGCUACCGCCGCCGGCGCAACCAGCCGUCACGAACCCCUUCCUUGGGAUCGUGCCACCCUCUCAACCGCUCUCGCAACCGCCUCCGGCAGCCAAGCCGGUCAGCAACCCAUUCCAGGCUCAGAUGGUCAGACCGCCCACUAUAAACCAGAUGCGCUCGCCGCCCGGACCGCCCGUGCAGCCGGGACUGGUAGGACUGGGCGGUGCGGACGGCCUCCCACAACCGCUCCUCCCCAUGGGAACCACAGCACAGCCGGCGCAGCCAACCAACCCCUUCUUAUGAAACUGUGCUGCAGUGCUCCUGUUAGCAGCACCUCCUUCGACGCAUUCGGAAACAGCAGCCAGACAGCGAGCAAUGACCUAGACGGCUUCGAUCUCCUGGGUUCCCGGUCAACGGGUGGCAGUGGCGACCUACUCGGGGGCGGCGUUUCCUCGCAGAACAACGUUGACGCGUUUAACAUGAUGGGGCUCGACCAGGGUUUACCCAUGCAGCCGGGCGGCAAGCAGAAGACUCCGGAGACGUUCCUUGGCGAGAACUCGUCCCUGGUGAACCUGGAUAACCUGAUCAGCCAGCCCGCCGCCCCGCCACCCGUGCUACCGCCGCCGGCGCAACCGGCCGUGACAAACCCCUUCCUCGGGAUCGCGCCGCCCUCACAACCGCUCUCGCAACCGCCCCCGGCAUCCAAGCCGGUCAGCAACCCAUUCCAGGCUCAGAUGGUCAGACCGCCCACUAUAAACCAGAUGCGCUCGCCGCCCGGACCGCCCGUGCAACCGGGACUGGUAGGACUGGGCGGUGCGGACGGCCUCCCACAACCGCUCCUCCCCAUGGGAACCACAGCACAACCGGCGCAGCCCACCAACCCCUUCUUAUGAAACUGUGACUACACUAGCGCUAGCUGUAUAAGUGUGCAUGGAAGAGGUACAAGGUGGUAAUUCCGCUCAGC